AUGGCGCCCUCCAGAGCAAACACCAGUGUCAUUGUUGUUGGUGGUGGAGGGACCAUUGGGUCGUCUACUGCUCUUCAUCUUGUGCGCUCAGGCUAUACACCAUCGAAUGUUACAGUGCUCGAUGCAUACCCAAUUCCUUCAUCGCAAUCUGCAGGCAAUGACCUCAAUAAGAUUAUGGGCGUUAGCUUGCGAAACCCAGUGGACCUGCAGCUGGCUCUCGAGGCGAGGCAGAUGUGGAACGAAGAUGAGCUGUUCAAGAAGUUCUUCCACAACACUGGAAGGCUCGACUGUGCGCAUGGCGAAAAAGACAUUGCAGACCUGAAGUCUGGAUACCAAGCUCUCGUGGACGCGGGCUUGGAUGCUACAAACGAAUGGCUAGACUCCGAGGACGAGAUCCUUAAGCGAAUGCCACUUCUUUCCCGUGACCAGAUCAAAGGCUGGAAAGCGAUCUUCAGUAAAGAUGGCGGCUGGCUCGCAGCAGCGAAAGCCAUCAACGCCGUCGGCGAGUAUCUGCGGGACCAAGGUGUAAGAUUCGGAUUCUAUGGCGCGGGCUCGUUCAAAGCACCUCUGCUUGCUGAAGGCGUGUGUAUUGGUGUUGAGACUGUUGAUGGAACAAGGUACUAUGCCGACAAAGUCGUUCUUGCAGCAGGAGCAUGGAGUCCCACACUUGUUGAACUGCAUGAGCAAUGUGUUUCGAAGGCCUGGGUAUAUGGCCACAUACAAUUGACUCCAGAAGAGGCCGCUCGAUACAAGAACAGCCCUGUUGUAUACAACGGUGACGUUGGCUUUUUCUUCGAGCCCAACGAGCACGGCGUGAUCAAAGUCUGCGACGAGUUUCCUGGCUUCACGCGCUUCAAGAUGCAUCAACCCUUUGGCGCAAAAGCACCGAAGCGUAUUUCAGUACCAAGAUCGCAUGCUAAGCACCCCACCGACACGAUACCUGAUGCUUCCGAUGUGAGUAUCAGGAGGGCGAUUGCGACUUUCAUGCCGCAGUUCAAAAACAAGAAAAUGUUCAACCAGGCAAUGUGUUGGUGCACAGAUACAGCGGAUGCAGCUUUGCUGAUCUGUGAACAUCCGGAAUGGAAGAACUUUGUACUUGCAACUGGUGAUAGUGGGCACUCGUUCAAGCUUCUGCCAAAUAUUGGCAAGCAUGUUGUUGAACUGCUCGAAGGGACACUUGCAGAUGACUUGGCGCACGCCUGGAGAUGGCGGCCUGGGUCUGGUGAUGCGCUCAAGUCGCGCAGAUCAGCGCCUGCAAAGGACCUUGCGGACAUGCCUGGUUGGAAUCAUGAUAAGCCGAGGGCGAACUUGUAG